GGCGUGGCGCUGCGGGAGAAGACGAGGAGAGCAAGAUGGCGGCCUGAGCGCAGGAUGUCCGAGGAGGGUCAGGGGCCGCUGGCCUCGUCAUCCGCUGCCGGGCAGGAGGACCCCCCGAGCCUGGCCGGACCCCCCCGCCUCAUCCUGCUCCCCCCAGAGCCCGACCCCGAGGGGCCCCCCAAAAAACGGCCCCGGGCGGACCCCGAAACCGGGACUGUGCGGCUGGAGGAGAGACUGUACGGAGUGCUGUGCUGUACGGUGUGCCUGGACCUCCCCAAGGCCUCAGUGUACCAGGUCAGGGGGGCUGGGGGGACCCCAAUAUCAUACAGCCCAAUAUAUAGACACUGAACCCCCAGAUAUAACCAGUGACCCCCAAUAUCAUACUGUACGGAGUGCUCUGCUGUACGGUGUGUCUGGACCUCCCCAAGGCCUCAGUGUACCAGGUCAGGGGGGCUGGGGGGACCCCAAUAUCAUACAGCCCAAUAUAUAGACACUGAACCCCCAGAUAUAACCAGUGACCCCCAAUAUCAUACUGUACGGAGUGCUCUGCUGUACGGUGUGCCUGGACCUCCCCAAGGCCUCAGUGUACCAGGUCAGGGGGGCUGGGGGGACCCCAAUAUCAUACAGCCCAAUAUAUAGACACUGAACCCCCAGAUAUAACCAGUGACCCCCAAUAUCAUACUGUACGGAGUGCUGUACGGUGUGCCUGGACCUCCCCAAGGCCUCAGUGUACCAGGUCAGGGGGGCUGGGGGGACCCCAAUAUCAUACAGCCCAAUAUAUAGACACUGAACCCCCAGAUAUAACCAGUGACCCCCAAUAUCAUACUGUACGGAGUGCUGUGCUGUACGGUGUGCCUGGACCUCCCCAAGGCCUCAGUGUACCAGGUCAGGGGGGCUGGGGGGACCCCAAUAUCAUACAGCCCAAUAUAUAGACACUGAACCCCCAGAUAUAACCAGUGACCCCCAAUAUCAUACUGUACGGAGUGCUCUGCUGUACGGUGUGCCUGGACCUCCCCAAGGCCUCAGUGUACCAGGUCAGGGGGGCUGGGGGGACCCCAAUAUCAUACAGCCCAAUAUAUAGACACUGAACCCCCAGAUAUAACCAGUGACCCCCAAUAUCAUACUGUACGGAGUGCUGUGCUGUACGGUGUGCCUGGACCUCCCCAAGGCCUCAGUGUACCAGGUCAGGGGGGCUGGGGGACCCCAAUAUCAUACAGCCCAAUAUAUAGACACUGAACCCCCAGAUAUAACCAGUGACCCCCAAUAUCAUACUGUACGGAGUGCUGUGCUGUACGGUGUGCCUGGACCUCCCCAAGGCCUCAGUGUACCAGGUCAGGGGGGCUGGGGGGACCCCAAUAUCAUACAGCCCAAUAUAUAGACACUGAACCCCCAGAUAUAACCAGUGACCCCCAAUAUCAUACUGUACGGAGUGCUGUGCUGUACGGUGUGCCUGGACCUCCCCAAGGCCUCAGUGUACCAGGUCAGGGGGGCUGGGGGGACCCCAAUAUCAUACAGCCCAAUAUAUAGACACUGAACCCCCAGAUAUAACCAGUGACCCCCAAUAUCAUACUGUACGGAGUGCUCUGCUGUACGGUGUGCCUGGACCUCCCCAAGGCCUCAGUGUACCAGGUCAGGGGGCUGGGGGGACCCCAAUAUCAUACAGCCCAAUAUAUAGACACUGAACCCCCAGAUAUAACCAGUGACCCCCAAUAUCAUACUGUACGGAGUGCUCUGCUGUACGGUGUGCCUGGACCUCCCCAAGGCCUCAGUGUACCAGGUCAGGGGGGCUGGGGGGACCCCAAUAUCAUACAGCCCAAUAUAUAGACACUGAACCCCCAGAUAUAACCAGUAACCCCCAAUAUCAUACUGUACGGAGUGCUGUGCUGUACGGUGUGCCUGGACCUCCCCAAGGCCUCAGUGUACCAGGUCAGGGGGGCUGGGGGGACCCCAAUAUCAUACAGCCCAAUAUAUAGACACUGAACCCCCAGAUAUAACCAGUGACCCCCAAUAUCAUACUGUACGGAGUGCUGUGCUGUACGGUGUGCCUGGACCUCCCCAAGGCCUCAGUGUACCAGGUCAGGGGGGCUGGGGGGACCCCAAUAUCAUACAGCCCAAUAUAUAGACACUGAACCCCCAGAUAUAACCAGUGACCCCCAAUAUCAUACUGUACGGAGUGCUGUACGGUGUGCCUGGACCUCCCCAAGGCCUCAGUGUACCAAUAUCAUACUGUACGGAGUGCUCUGCUGUACGGUGUGCCUGGACCUCCCAAGGCCUCAGUGUACCAGGUCAGGGGCUGGGGGGACCCCAAUAUCAUACAGCCCAAUAUAUGAACUACUGAAUCCCCAGAUAUAACCGAAGUGACCCCCCAAUAUCAUACUGUACGGAGUGCUGUGCUGUACGGUGUGCCUGGACCUCCCCAAGGCCUCAGUGUACCAGGUCAGGGGGGCUGGGGGCACCCCAAUAUCAUACAGCCUAAUAUAUAGACACUGAACCCCCAGAUAUAACCAGUGACCCCCCAAUAUCAUACUGUACGGAGUGCUGUGCUGUACGGUGUGCCUGGACCUCACGAGGCCUCAGUGUGGGUCAGAACAAGGGGGGGGACCCCAAUAUCAUACAGCCCAAUAUAUAGACUUACUGAACCCCCCAGAUAUAACCAGUGACCCCAAUAUCAUAUUACUAUGCAGUGCUGUGCUUAUGCCCGGUGUGCCUGGACCUCCCCAAGGCCUCAGUGUGCAGAUUCAGGGGGCUGGGGGACCCCAAUAUCAUACACAGCCAAUAUAUGGGUACUGAACCCCAGAUAUAACCAGUGACCCCCAAUAUCAUACUAUGCGGAGAGCUCUGCUUAUGCGGUGUGCCUGUGGACCUCCCAAGGCCUCAGUGGCCUGCCAGUUCAGGGGGCUGGGGGACCCCAAUAUCAUACAGCCCAAUAUAUAGACACUGAACCCCCAGAUAUAACCGGUGACCCCCAAUAUCAUACUGUACGGAGUGCUCUGCUGUACGGUGUGCCUGGACCUCCCCAAGGCCUCAGUGUACCAGGUCAGGGGGGCUGGGGGCACCCCAAUAUCAUACAGCCCAAUAUAUAGACACUGAACCCCCAGAUAUAACCAGUGACCCCCAAUAUCAUACUGUACGGAGUGCUGUGCUGUACGGUGUCUGGACCUCCCCAAGGCCUCAGUGUACCAGGUCAGGGGGGCUGGGGGGACCCCAAUAUCAUACAGCCCAAUAUAUAGACACUGAACCCCCAGAUAUAACCAGUGACCCCCAAUAUCAAAACACCGCUGUUCGGGAGUUUUAAAAUGGCCGCCGCCACGUGUUCAUUUCCCGAAUGGCGGCCACCCCGAGAACAAAGGACCCACUGCACAGCUUGUCAAUUACCCGUUCGCAACAUUGUUGCAACGGGUAAUUGAAGGCACACUUCACACUGGGGAGGUCUGACUGUUCGGUAGUUUCAGUCCCUUAAUUGCUAGAAUGAUUCUACCGAACAAUCAGACGAAUACAACCUAUUUUUACAUAUAUAACCCUGCAAUUUAAACGAAUACAUUCAAACAUAUGCAAUUUCCAGGACAGCCCAGUGCCAUCCGCUACAGCCUAUUUAGGGUUUCUGGCUUUAAAAGGACACUCUUACAUUGUGCGUUUGUUUUUGUACGAUGGAAUUAUUGUGUCGUUGGUUGUUUAGUAUACUCUGUGUAUACGGAGAUCGUUAUUGCAGAAAGUGAUGGCCGAUCACCCUUUCUGUCUGUUCAUUUAGUGCACCAAUGGGCACUUGAUGUGUGCCGGCUGUUUCAUCCACCUCCUGGCUGAUGCCCGGCUGAAGGAAGAGCAGGCCACGUGUCCGAACUGCCGCUGUGAGAUCAGUAAGAGUCUGUGCUGCAGGAACCUGGCCGUGGAGAAAGCGGUCAGUGAGCUGCCGUCUGAGUGCGGCUUCUGCGUCAAGCAGUUUCCUCGUUCUCUGCUGGAGAGACACAAGAAGGAGGAGUGUCAGGACAGGUAACAGGAGCCACAUCGCAAAGCUGCAUCCUUCAUUAGAAUUAAGUAGAUAAAUUCAGCAUUUUAGAUUCUUUUCCAAAUGUCUAUUGACGAUAGGAACACAUUUCACCAAACGGCUGAAGCCGGCUUCCUGUUGGGUGGACCAUAAAGUCAGGUGGAAUGAAGCUCUGUCUGUGUCCCCUCAUCCCAUCCCCUCAAGCCUAUGUAGUGUCCCCUAAAUGACAUUUAAUGCGUUCCUUAUUGUAAGGGACACUAUAGUCACCAAAACAACUUUAGCUUAAUGAAGCAGUUUUUGUGUAUAGAUCAUAAUGUAACUGCAGCCGGUUCCCCCUUUUAACACAUACUGCAUAGAAUUUAUCAGGGCUGACCAUACAGAUAUCUUCGUCAUAAUAUUAUAUAGUUAGUAAGAGAUCCUCUAUUUAAAAUAUAUACAUUAUUGAGAAUACAAUCUAAAAUAGGGAUUGUCUUUGACAGCCUCAGCCAAUCCUAUGGGAAAGCUUUGUGACUGGCUCAGAGCACCAUUUCUGAUGAUGUCAGCCAAGCAGGCAGAUCGGGGCAGAGGCAGCAACUGCUGAUUUGAACAAAAGUACAAUUUUACUAUAUUUAGGGAGGCCAGGGGUCUAUAUGGUGGUUUUAACAUGUUUGUGUUCCCUUACACUGUAUACUGUAGUGUACAUUAAGCUGUAUGCUGUGCAAUCUGCUGUAUACUGUACAUUAAAGGAUUACUAUAGGGUCAGGAACUCAAACAUGUAUUCAAACAUGUUAAAAUCACUAUUUAAAACAGUGUUUGCAGGAAAAUGCCUGAAGGGAGCUAUUAUACUCACCAGAACAAAUACAUUAAGCUGUACAUUGUACAUUAAGCUGUAUAUUAUACAUUAAGCUGUUUAUUAAGCUGUAUAUUGUACGUUAAGCUGUAUAUUGUACAUUAAGCUGUACAUUGUACAUUAAGCUGUAUAUUGUACAUUAAGCUGUACAUUGUACAUUAAGCUGUAUAUUAAGCUGUACAUUGUACAUUAAGCUGUAGUUGUUCUGCUGAUUAUAGUGUCCCUUUAAAAUUUAGUUUAAAGAGCAGGAGAUAUACCUUUUAAACUGUUACAUCUGUUUCCAUACAGGCUGUAUUAGUCACAGCCAGGUGUGCCUAGGGCUGUAUAAACAUAGUGAUUUAACUCCUAAAUUGCAGAGAAUUUGAAGGCAGCGAGACCGCAUGGGCAUGAUCUAUACACCAAUAUAGCUUUAUUAAGAUUGUUGUUUUGGUGACUAUAGUGUCUCUUUAAACAGUUGGCCAACAUUAAAUACGGUGUCAGGGUGUAAUCCUGUAAGGCCUUCGAAUUGGUGAUCCUCCCAAGGGCAUAGGUUUAAAGGGGUACAAAGUCAUUCACUUUAGCCAAUAGAGUAGUAAUAGGUGGGCAUUUCUAUAAACCAUGCUUAAGAUUUGCAUUUUCUAAAGAUCGUAUUGUGCAUUGGUUGUAAGGGAAGAAUUUCGUUUAGACAUCUAUUUAUAGAAAAUAUUCUCUCCAUACUAAAUGCUUGCUAUUGGCAUGAGAAAUAUAUGGAGUGGUUACAUUGUAUUGGAAUAUCCGUUUAAUAACAUAUUAUUGGUUUAUUAUCUCUGCAGGGUGACCCAGUGUAAAUAUAAACGGAUUGGGUGCCCGUGGCAGGGCCCAUUCCAUGAGCUCACUGUGCACGAAUCCGAGUGCUGUCACCCCACUAAAACAGGCAGCGAACUGAUGGAGAUUUUGGGGGAGAUGGAUCAGACUCACAAGAAAGAGAUGCAGUUAUACAACAGCAUCUUCAGCCUGUUGAGCUUUGAGAAGAUUGGUUACACAGGUAAGGGUCGAGCUGUGCCCUGCUGGGAGAGACUUUUCUCGUCUCAUUUGUGGUUUUGGGUGGGGAUUGUAAUAUUUCACUGUCCUAUUUCUUUGCAUGUCAUUUUUGUGCUUUUUAGGAUCCAGUAAGGAUUUAAACUCGAAAUCCCUAAGAGUGACUCCGAAGAGCUUGUUUUCCGUGAGGGUAGUCCACUAUUAGGUAAGUGUCACCAAGGAAGUGACUAGGGUUGUUCUCAAAGUGUAGUAGCUGUCUCUGAGUAUCAGCUGCUGGUCUUUGUUCGGACCCACUAGGUGUCAGUCUCCUUGGUGGCACAUCACCUGAUCAUGUUCUCAUUUAGUAAAGAUUGGUCUGGACAGAAGUCCUGUUUCCUGGACCUUUUCACGCCUUUUUUUUUUUUUCUUAGUAGUGGGAGGUGGGAUUUGAAAGUUUCUCUUGUGAUUCUUUGAUAUUGAGAACCAGAAUUCAGAAGAUGAUGUAGAGAACUCUCCAGUGUAAUCAGACAUGGUGCCUCUUUCUUUAGGGUGCAGGGGAAGAGAGACCCCCUCCCCCCCCGAUACCCUCUUCUUUCACCAGCUCUUCUUGAUUGGCCGAUCGUUGGAAUUGUGGAAACGUGACAUCUUGGUCUUUCUGAUGGGAGGUAAGGCAGCCCAUUUCAUCUAUGUGGUGCUACUGAAUCGGCAGUGAUGGAUCUUUGGGGCACUACCAUCUAAAUAUCCUGCUUUUAGGGUUUUUGUGAACACGAUUUUAGCUCUUUACAAGAAAGUCAUAUGGCAAAAACAAUGAAGAGUUUGUAGACAGAAAAAUUCCAGUCUUACGUGUCGUUGGAUUGUUCUAACCGCCUUCUAGUGUAGUUUCACCUGGCUUCUAAUCUCUACCUACUUGACCUUCUUUCUGCUCUCCUACUUGUCCGCUGUGAUCAGAGAUCUGCUAGGUUUCCUGUAAUAGGCUCUGGGUGUUUUCUGAGCCUGUCUGGGGAGGUUGAGACACAGGUAAGUGGUGGUCAGUUUGCCUGGUUACUAUAUACCCAUUUAAUGCUUGUCGUUCUCCCUCAGUAUAGGAUGGACUUUGCUUUGGUUGUCAGAACACCAAAGUGAGCUCUUAGAAUGAGCAAGAGACACACCUGGUUUGGGGACUUACAUUGCCACGUGGUUUCAACAUUCUUCUUGCCUUAAUUAAGCCCUUGGUAUAUGUGUGUGACAUGCACCUGUUCCUUUAAAAUGUCUACCAGCAAAUUUUCAUCUACUAGUGUGUUUCUGCAAAUGUGGCGCCGUUCAAAAUUGCUGUAUUUCUAAUCCUGGGGAAUGGCGUGUCUGUACCUGGUUUUUCAUCUCAUUGGAAUAAAACUGUUCUUUAAAAUCAAUCUGUCUGUGUGUUCUUACCAAACAAGAAUCCCAGCUGUCCACAUAUAUUGUAAUGGGGGAGAAUUGUGUCACUGUGUAACAUAAACCCUGUAUAUGACACUGAUAGAAAAGGAAGCAUUAAGUAAAGUUUCUUACUGAGGUCGGAGUGUCACCAGUCGGUACGGGUAAAGUAAUCUAUUGGUAAGUUCCUACAGUAAACCAGACUGGUCCAAUUGUAUUGGUUCCGAAUUGUUCACUCUGCGUGCGGCCCUUGGCUCUGGUUAAUGUUCAUGUCUUGAAGUAUGUUUUUAAAUGAUUUCUUUAAAGCAGGGGUGGACUAAAACUCCUAUAAUGCUCUUACAGCCAUAAUGCUAGCAAAGCAUCAAGGGAAAUGUAGUCCACAACAUCUGCAGGGCCAAAGGUUCCCCACCCCUGCUUUAAAGCAUGUUCAUGUGUCAUCUGAUGAGGUGUUAGGUUUUCAAGUGUAGUGAAUAGUGUUGAAGCAGAAAGCACUGUGCGCUAAAGCACUGUACCUCUCUAUAACAUCAGUCAGGAAGUGGCACUGUAGUGUGUGUGUGUGCUGCAGCACUGUACCUCUCUAUAAGAUCAGUCAGGGAGUGUCAAUGGAGUGUGUGUGUGUGUGCGCGCGCGCUGAAGCACUGUACCUCUUUAUAAGAUCAGUCAGGGAGUGUCAAUGUAGUGUGCGCGCGAGCUGAAGCACUGUACCUUUCUAUAAGAUGUGUCAGUGGUGUGUGUGUGUGUGUGUGUGUGUGCUGAAGCACUGUACCUCUCUGUAAGAUGUGUCAGUGGUGUGUGUGUGUGUGUGUGUGUGCUGAAGCACUGUACCUCUCUGUAAGAUCAGUCAGCGAGUGUCAAUGUAGUGUGUGUGUGUGUGUGUGCUGAAGCACUAUACUUUAUAAGAUCAGUCAGGGAGUGGCGAUGUAGUGUGUGUGUGUGUGUGUGUGUGCUGAAGCACUAUACUUUAUAAGAUCAGUCAGGGAGUGGCGAUGUAGUGUGUGUGUGCUGAAGCACUGUACCUCUCUAUAAGAUCAGUUAGGGAGUGGCGAUGUAGUGUGUGUGUGCUGAAGCACUGUACCUCUCUAUAAGAUCAGUUAGGGAGUGGCGAUGUAGUGUGUGUCGAAGCACUGUACCUCUCUAAGAUAAGUCAGGGAGUGGGUGUUGGUGUGUGUGAGAUGCAGGACUGUACCUGUAUAUUGGUUGUGUAUCGAUUCACCAAUAAAGUUAGUCUGUUCAUCUCCCUUUUAAACCAAUGCAGGAGCGACCAUUGUGUGACUCGUCGGCUCUCACAGGUAACGUGGUGUAGUAGGGGGAGCGUGGAAUAACUUGGUCUGGCUGUAAUUCUUCUCUUUUCUCUUCCCCUCCUGCUUCUGCCACAGAAGUCCAGUUCCGGCCGUACAGGACAGAUGACUUCAUUACCCGUUUGUACUAUGAAACUCCUCGGUUCACAGUGCUAAACCAGUCGUGGGUGCUGAAAGCCCGCGUUAAUGAUUCUGAGAGGAACCCCAACUUAUCAUGCAAGCGCACCCUGUCCUUCCAACUCAUCCUCAAAAGCAAGAUCAACUCCCCCAUGGAGUGCUCCUUUCUGCUGCUCAAAGGUCCAUACGAUGAUGUAAAAAUCCACCCAGUCAUCUACCACUUUGUGUUCACAAAUGAGAACAAUGAGACGGAGUAUGUCCCACUGCCCAUCAUAGACUCUGUGGAGUGUAACAAGCUGCUGGCUGCAAAGAAUAUCAAUCUGCGCCUCUUUAUAUUUCACAUCCAGAAAUGAGCCUGCCACGUUCACCUCACCCGUCUCCAUCACGUUCCUUGUUCCAGGCUUUCUCUGUCAGUUGGAGUUUGCAUGUAAAUGAAAAUCCUGAUUGUUUGGUCCCAGGAGUGCAUUGAUACCUCGCAGGCUUCCAUAGACUGGCCCUCGGCACCUUUUAUUUUUGUCCUAUCCUAUUUUACUGGCUCACUUCUAUUUUUGUUUUUCUCCUCUUCUCACGUCUUGGCUAAUUUACUCUCAUUCUCUACAUGUAUUGUUUGUUUUUCGUUUAACUUUUUUUUUUUUUAAUGCUUCCCCUUUAGUAUUGUUUCCCUCCUGAAGCCCACGGUUCCCUUUCCUUCCUCUCGGCCGGCUAGGAGCAAGACUGAACCAUGGCCUAAAUAGACAUUAUUUAUUUAUUUACAGGUUAUUUUAUCUCUUUUAGUUAAUGGAAGUAAUUGUAGCAGUAAGCUGGUAUCCCUGUCCUUAUGGUAAUCUGAGUAAUAAGUAAAUGGUUCCCAUGUAACUACAGCAGUAUUUAAAGACUCAUUUUUAAUUUAAGGUUCUAAAGCCACCCCCAUCCCCUGGGCGCUAAGGUUGAGUCAAGCUGUAGCAAGGUCUGAUAUAAAACACGAGGCUAAACAUACAUUUUGGUUUAGAGAGGCACAAUGGCUGCUUGUAUGAGCUGUAUGGAUGUUUUUUUGGGGAGUUGGACAGACUUGGAAUAUGAGCAGCAUUGUCAAUGCUCAGACUGCAGUAACCAUUUUCCAUAAAUCCCCAAAUCUCACCGUAUGCCCCACUAUUUAUUACAUUUACCCAAGCUCUUGGUGCAAUGUGUGGGUGUUGUAUCUCUGAAACUGAAAGGGGACUGUGCUGCUUUAUAAUGAAGAUAUUGAGGCUUUAUUUUAUAUAUAUUGGUGUUUUAUGGAGAGUUAAGGCAGUCUUUUCAUACUAUGCGAUUUGCAGGAAGCGGUCGUGUUGCGCCACACACGCAUGAUACACUUGCUUGGAGUCCUGGCUGUCCUGUAUGGGGGACACAGCUAUGUGAACAGUGUCUCCAUAUCUGCUCCAUGUUCUUUUCUGAUCUAUCCCCAAACGAACCUUUCCUCUCUUUACACGAUUACCUGGCACAGAGCUAACCUGCUCUGUUUAAUUUGUGUUCCAUGCGCUGUGUGUGCGGAGAUGAUGGGAUGUCUGUGCAUCUGCUUGUAGGUCAGCCUGUGUUCAAACCUCUUGCCAAGAAACUGAUUAAAAUGGUUCUAGUUAACUGCUCUGCCGAGCUAUUGGUUUGGUUUUCUCUUUCUUUUCAAUAAAAUGUGUGUGAGUGAGUGUGCAUUGUAUUCUGUAUAAAGGGGUAGGAAUAAACUGGGAUAUCAUUAUAUAGAUGAAAGCGAGUUUAUCAUGUGACGGAGAUGGGAUCUGGUUCCAUACGUACGCUCCGAUCUCCUCCAGUGAUCCCGUAUCACACCAUGGAGUCUGGGCACAGCCGAUGGUGACUGAGGUGAGGGAGCAAAACAUGCCAGAUAAAGAAAGCAAGUUAAUAACGCAAAAUCGAAAGGCUGCAUGUUUCUCUUUAAAUUCACACGUAAGGGCUUUCUCCAUUGUUCCAGUAAUUUGUGACCCGAGUCAGUGAGUGCAUUCAUUUAAUAUUUUUAUUAUUUAUAUAGCACCAUCAGAUUCCAUAGCGCUGUACAAUAUCCCAGCAAUGUGUCUAUACCUUGUAUUUAACCGUUUAUCCAUUAUCUAAUAGCGACAACCCUGAGUAGCCAUUUUGGAAUGUGUUCCCUCUGGGGGUAUUCUUCAGCCUUUAACUUAGCAGUGAUGUCCAUGGAGUCUGUCAAAUCACGCUCCGCGUCCAUCCUCCAAUUAUCCAUAGUUCUGGCCCCGAUUGACGGGGGGGGGGAGAGACACACGCUAACUGUGCUUGCUAGGGCCUGAGACUUAAACACCCCCCCCACCCCCCCAUUCAUGAUCCCUAUGUGAAGGAAGAGAUGGGGGGGGGAUUGCCCUAUGCCAUCUUACUCCAUGAUGUAAAUGCUGUACAGUGAGGGCUAUAGUAAUGCCUGGGGCCCUAUGGGAUGUUAAUGUACUCUGCUAUGUUUCUAUGUGUUAUAGCACCAAACCACAUUUAUAGAAACGUUUUCCAAAUGUAGAUACAGAUGAAAUACAAAGUUUCUAUUACAGGAAAACAGUCUUUGAAGUCUUCGUAUUCUAUCAUAUCUAUCAAAUGCCAACUAGUACUGCUUUUAAAUAUCCUCCGGUAUUCACAGGGACGUAUACAAAUGGAAGUGUUAAAAAGGUAAAACACAUUUCAAGACAAAAAAAAGAGUACGUGAUUGAGAUGUACAACUUAUGGGAUAUAAAGCAAACUAAUUCAAUAAGCAAUUUAACAUCCAAACGGGAAUAAUCUCAUAAAUAUUCAAACUAGUCAAUAUCCUGAUUUGUAAAGCAAGACUUUCCUUACUGUUUCUGAAUUAACGCAAACACGGAUGGUGUGUAGCUCUUAUCUUCAGACUCUCCCAUUGCAAUGACUGAUAACUCCCGUUAAAAGGGCUGAUCGUUCCAGUUGUGGUGGCCAAUACGUCCAGGUGAACACAGAGAAUUCCUGUGGGUAAUCCAUUAUAACUACAACAAGAGGACAUAGUCUUAAAUUAGAGGGACAGAGGUUUAAAAAUAAUAUCAGGAAGUAUUACUUUACUGAGAGGGUAGUGGAUGCAUGGAAUAGCCUUCCAGCUGAAGUGGUAGAGGUUAACACAGUAAAGGAGUUUAAGCAUGCGUGGGAUAGGCAUAAGGCUAUCCUAACUAUAAGAUAAGGCCAGGGACUAAUGAAAGUAUUUAGAAAAUUAUCUGCAGUCACAUGCUAUGUAACUCGAUAUAAGCCGUGAUUUAUAGCCACUCUGGCCUUUCCAUAGAUAUAAAACACAAUGAACACCGGUAGCGCCCAUUGACAGGGCCAAUUGCUCUUGUUGAAAUUCCCAAUAGCUCCUGCUGAAAUUGCUGAUAGCUCCUAUUGAGAGGGCUGAUAAUUCCCAUUGCAAUGACUGAUAGCUCCCGUUAAGAUGGCCGAUAGCUUUUGUUGAAAUUACUGAUCGCUCCCGUUAAAAGGGCUGAUAGCUCUAGUUGAAAUUACUGAUAGCUCCUAUUGACACAGCCAAUACCUCCCAUUGAACGGGCCAAAAGCUCCUGUUGAGAUCGCUCCAGUUGAAAUGGACAAUAGCUCCAGUUGAAAUUACUCAUAGAAACGUAGAAUGUGACGGCAGAAAAGAACCAUAAGGCCCAUCUAGUCUGCCCAAUUUUCUAAAUACUUUUAUUAGUCCCUGGCCUUAUCUUAUAGUUAGGAUAGCCUUACGUCUAUCCCACGUAUGCUUAAACUCCCUCACUGUGUUAACCUCUACCACAUCAGAUGGAAGUCUAUUCCAUGCAUCCACUACCCUGUGUUGAUUACCUUUAUGUAUUUAAAUGUUUCUAUCAUAUCCCCCCUGUCUCGUCUUUCCUCCAAGCUAUACAUGUUAAGUUCCUUUAACCUUUCCUUGUAAGUUUUAUCCUGCAAUCCAUGAACCCGUUUAGUAGCCUGUAGCGGGACCUGGGUAACCUGGCUGGGAUAGGUUAGGAUAGGUCAUACCCAUUUCCCCAGUAACUGGACAGGACACAGUUCCAGAAUACAAUCUUUGACAAUGUUUAUUUGGGCACACAGCUUUUUAUGCACAGACCCUCGUAGCGGGUCUUCAUCCAACACAAUCUCAUGCAGGAGGCAGUUGCGGAACAGAUAACCAUUUCCGUUAGGGGAGGAAGGAGUUUUGCCGCCCAAUCCGAAAAAAGGGCGUGAAACUCAGCUGCACCAAUUGGUGCUCGGGGAGCAGAGGGGUUUCGAGGCCCAAUUAGAAGGCACAAAGCUUAUUUGCACCAAUCAGCGCCCAGGGACAAGUGGAGGUCUCGCCGACCAAUCAGACAGAAGGACGUGAAACCCCGUUUGAACCAGUGCUUCUUCUUGCUCCUUCUCCCAUUGGUUGGCACAGACUUCCAUGCAGCCAGCAGGAACCCAGCGGCCGUGAGACCGACUCAAAUCCCCCAGGGACUCCCUGCUGGCGUGCGUCCCGCUCUCCGGUGUAUACCCCCACGAAGGUAUCCACCGGAGCGAGCGCACUCCUGGGCAGCCACAAGCAGGAUGUUAUGGUCAAAAUUACAGAAAGAGGAAUAUGAAAGAGGGGAAACACACAUUCUACGAGGGCACAUCCACACAUAUAUACAAGGCAAUUCACAGUUGAGGCGGCAGUCCCGCCACACAGGUCCCCCAUAACCAACAACCAGCAUGCGCUGCCUGAUCCCGACGGAUCAGCUGGGGAAUGUCCAGGGAAAGUGCUCACGGAUCAUUUAUCUAGGGCUGUCUGUCUGGACAACCCAUCGGCAUUGCCAUUCUGCUUACCAGGUCAGUAGUGGAUGGUAAAGUCAUAUGGUUGUAGGGCCAGGCACCAGAGCAGCCUGGCAUUGUCCCCUGCGACCUGGUUAAGCCAGACCAACGAGUUGUGAAUUGCAGGGUGAAUUGCUGUUCCUACAGAUAGGGCUGCAGCUUUUUGAGUGCCCACAUCACUGCCAGGCACUCCUUCUCAAUGGCAGUGUAGCUUACUUCCCUGGGCAGCAGCUUCCUGGGGUGUUCUCCGCCAUCAUCCCCGACCUGGUUCAGCACUGCUCCUAAUCCAAACAUGGAGGCAUCUGUGUGAACAAGAAAGUGUUUUCUGGGAUUAGGAGCAGCCAGGACAGGGGCUUUGCGAUGGCACCGUAAUUGGGGACGACCUUCAUAUAGUAGCCGGCGGUCCCUCGGAAAGCCAGUACCUGGGUCUUAGUGAGGGGACGGGGCCAGCUAGCUACUGCCUCCACUUUGGCAGGUUCUGGCUUCUGUGCCCCACAACCCACCCGAGCCUGGUAGUCCCGUCUUUAUUCAGGACUAGGACUACUGGGGAGGCACAAGGGCUUGUGGAUGUUCGAUGACCUCUAGCUGGAGCAUCUCCUGGAUUUCCUGUUGCAUGCUCCUCCGCACAGCCUCCGGCACCCGAUAGGGGGCCUGCCGUAGGGGCUGUUGGUCAUGGGUUUCCACUCUAUGGGUGGCCAGGGGGGUAUACCCUGGUAGGUUGGAGGUCGUUCGCCUAGCGAACAACUUCUGUUUCGCCUGUCUGCGUUUGCUCUCAGUUAGUCGGUCCCCUAACUGGACCUCUUCUAUGGACCCUGCCUGAGUCCCAUCCUCUAGGAGGUCAGGCAGGUGAAGAUUGCCAUAAUCAUCUGAGGCUGAUGCUCAAAUGGCGGCGGCAUCCUCUAUCCACUCGUGGUAGGGCUUGAGCAUGUUCACAUGCAACACGCAUCGUACUCCGGUAGCUGAGCAUGGGCGGGUCACAUAGGUAGUGUCCACUUUCUGUUGCACUACCUGGUAUGAGCCCUGCCAGGGAGCCUAUUGCCUAUUGUGUCGGACAGGUUUCAGCACCGAAACCUUCUGCCCGACAGCUCUUGGCGCCCCGAUCGUACCAUGUGCACUUGCACCUCUGGGCCACCUGGAGGCUCCCUCGCACCAGAUGGAUGAGUUCCUCCAGUCGGUCCCUAAACUCCAGCACAUAUGGAACGAUGGGGGUCCCUUCCUGAUCCCCAGCUCCCGCACUAGGUCUAAGGGUCCCCUUACUCUCCGCCCGAACAUUAGUACUAACUGGGAGAACCCAGUCGAUUUCUGCGGCACCUCCCGAUAAGCAAACAGGAGAUGGGGCAGGAAUUUCUCCCAAUCCUUGUGAGUCACCGCAAAAGUACGGAGCAUUUGCUUCAAUGUACCGUUGGAGCGCUCACACAGGCCAUUGGUCUGUGGCAAGGGGAGCUCAGGAUUGGUUUAAUGCCGCACAACCUCCAUUUCGGCAGUAAACUGGGUGCCCUGAUCCGAGAGAAUCUCCCAGGGAAAACCCAUCUGGGAGAACACUCGCAUCAGGGCUUCGGCCACAGUCUCUGCCCGAAUGUUGCUCAGGGCGACUGCCUCGGGAUACCAAGUCACGUAGUCCACGAUAGUCAGACUGUACUUCUUCCCAGAGGGACUAGGCUUGGCUAGGGGACCUAUGAUGUCGACAGCUACCCUGCCAAACGGAUCUUCGAUAAUUGGGAAGGCGUUGCCGGUCCCCCCGCUUCCCCACUCUCUGGGGCAAGGUCAGGGGUAGGCGCUUGGGGUUCAGGUAAGGGAUAUGAGUGGCCGGGUGUAGGGUCGGGAAUGGCGCCCAGAGGGCAGGGGGCGAAGUCUGGGUUUUUGCUGACAGGGCUUUCUAUGGGAUCUUGAGGGGUGGAAAGGGGCAGGCUUGCUGGCAGUUCAUCACUGGAUAGACUUCUCCCUGGGUCGGGAUGGGGACGAAAGCGGAGGCAAGAUGUCCCAGGUCGUUGCCGAGAAGUACCUCGGCAGGCAGCCGGUCCAUGAGGCCCACUUCAGUUCUCCAGGCUCCAGCUCCCCAAUCCAGGUGAACGUGUGCAGUGCCCCUAUCUGUUCCUCCUCCGGAACAAGCUGUGGACUCACCAGCGUUAGAGUGGCUCCUGUAUCUCGGAGCCCCUGGACCUUGUGUCCGUUCAGCCGUACUGCCUGUCUGUGGUGGUUAUCUUGGGUAGCCAGUACAGGGUUGACCUCAUGUAAGAUGGUCCAGGCUUCUUUGUCUGGGUUCUGGAACUCUGUGGGGUCGUUGUGGUAGCAGAGAGCUGUGGUUCGUGGGUUGGCAAGGACUACGGGGGUGACCCACAGUUUUGUUGGCAGUUAAUUUUGUGGUUGCACUGUAAGCAGCGCAAAUCAACCCCAGCGUAGGCUUGCUGGAGGGGUGCUUGGACCAGGAGUCCACAGAGAGGAGUUGUGGUUAUGAGGUUGGGCUGGACCAGCGGUCAAUAGGGCAAAGGGGGCACUGGGGCCGCCGGGUGUCGAAAUAUUCAUCGGCCCGCUGAGCCGCCUUGGUGAGGGUCUGUGGCUGACGGUCUCUCACCCAUUCUCGUAUGUCGUUGGGGAGCCCAUUGAAAAAAUGCUCCAGCAUGACGAGCUGGGUGAUCUCCUCCGGGGACUUAGCUUGAUGGGAGUUGAGCCAGUUCUGGGUGGCCCUUGUGAUGCGGCAUGCCCACUCCACAUGGGAGUCCUUCUCCCCUUUCCGGGUCUCCCUAAACUUUCUGCAGUAUUGCUCGGGGGUGACAGCAUACCUGGCCAGGAGCAUCUGUUUGAUAAAGGGGUAGUCCCUGAUGUGGUCUUCCGAUCCGGUAGGCAUCCGCUGCCUUCCCCACUAAUUUGCUGGCCAGGAUGGUGACCCAGUCGGUGGGUUCAACGUCUUGGAGUAGGCACUGGUGCACAAAGUCUUGUAAAAAUAAUCAAUGCCUUCUUCUGCUUCCUUGAACUCUUUGAAGGCAUUGUACGGUGGUUUGUGGGCCGGGGCGGUUGAGUUUCCUGGCGCCCUCUCUUUCAUUCCUUCCUCCAUCUGAGUUCGCAGUGGUCGCCCUCUGUCUAUUGGCGCCUCCAAAAAAAGGUCCUGCUGACAAACUCCUCUGAGGGUGGUUCUCUGUAAUAUGCCAGGCGCUGGUCCACCUCCUUGCGCGCUUCCUCCUCAUCUCCGGCCCCUGGCAGGGGGGUAGUUUCCUCACUGCGUGCCUGGUCGUCCAACAUGAGCGUAGCAGUCAGGUGAUAUGAACUGGCGGCCACCCAGGGGAAGCAUGCGCUGCUCGUUCCCUUGCGGUGUGUGUUUUUCACACUUUGUUAGUGAGGUGUGAACAUUCUAACUAAACGUUCUAAUUGGAGUAUCGGGGUGGUCCGGCACGGUUCGGGAGACGAAUACUCCCCCUUGUGGGCGUUCAGUAAUACAAACCUGCGGCCACCGAGGGGAAGCACGCGCCACUUCUUCCCUUGCGGCCUACGGUUUUCACACCUCGUUAGUGAGGUGUGUCAGAGUAUUUAUAUCGGCAGACAUUUUGUGCUAUGAUAGAAACUAAAAGUGUAUAUUCUGAGUCACUCUGAACAGACCAGACUCCAUUUUGUUAUUUCAAGUUAACAAAAAGACACUAUAUUUCUAUCUGUAAGCUAACCACUUUCCCAGAUCUGAGGAAUGCAUAGUAUAUACAAACAAGUGAUAAGGAAGGGGGUUGGAUAGACUGUCUAAAAUGCUAAUGGAAUAUAAUCAAAUCUAAACCCAGACAAUUGUGACAGAGAAGAUUAAAUAAUUUAAUAUUUAACUGUCUAUAUAUAUAAGGUACCAUUGUAUGGAAAAGGGUAAACUUAGUUCAUGAUCUGUCAUAUCAGAAAUUAUGGCAGGAAUUGCAGACGCUAAGUCUGGACAAAAUUUAAGAAACCCUUUGAAAUUUUAAAUUAUGGCGCUAUAAAGAUAACGCAAAAUGACGUCAAAAUAGCCACCAGGAAAAGUUAACUCUUUCCUGGAUAGGUAUGUUUAGUGGGACAAGACUGCCCUCUACAGACCAAAUAACUAAUUUGCGAUCUGGAAGAUAACCACACCUCUAGUGCUUCUAUUGGGUUAUCAACUGAUGACGUACAGAGAGUCUGGUCCUUUAAAAGUUAAGACAAAGGGAAGAUAGAGAGAUACAAGAAAUACGAAGGAGGCAGAUGCGAGAGAUGCAAAGAAAAAGAGGAGAGAGGAAUUGGAAGUUUGGGGACUCCAACCUCCAUGCAGAGAGACUACCAAUCGGAUGAAAUAUCUACUCAACUGGUAAUUAUACUGGUUUCAUUUAAUUAAAUUAAAUUAAUUAAAUUAUAUUAAUAGCAUUAUAUAUGACUGGAUAAAGCACGGUCAGAUUUCCAUAUUAAGAAAUCUUAGUUAACUAAGAAUAUAUAGUUAUAAACAUUCCAUUCUGCAGGUGGAAUUAAGAAUAAUUAUAUAUUGAUGUGAUAUUAUCACGUGUUAGCAUACCGCUGUUUUUAUCCAGGUGUAUUGAUUUGCUCUAAAUUAAGAUAGAUAUCUUUUAGACAAAUUAAAAAUCUGCUUAUAUAAUGUAGUAAAUUCUCUUAUUGGAUGAUUUUAAGAAAAUGACUAGUGAACUGGUUUAAAUGUUAUUUUAUUUAAAAAUUACAUAAGAAUAGAUCUUAACUACCUAGGAGAUCUAGCCAGCAUUGAAAGGGUUAUUCUAACUGUCUGCUAAACUUUACGACCUUACGCUGCACUCUGAGGAAUUCUGUUCUCUGUGUGAAAAGUUUCACUUUCAGCCUGUGUUAAAGAUACCUCAUAAAUCGUCAGAAUUCUUGACAGAUAAUGAGUUAAUAGCCAUUGAAACGUAAUCCCCAUUUCUUUGUAUUGCAUAUCGUUUUAUACUGGAUAUUCAUUGAUUAUUAUCAUGCAUGUUACAUAUUAUUAUUAUUAAUUUGUUAUUAUAAAUAAAAAUCUAUUUUUAUACAUUGUGAUAUUAUUAUAUGAAAUACAUUCCACUUAACACGAUAAACGUUCUUUGGGAUCUGAGAAUUGAAAUAGUGGGCAAUUCUCAACUGUUUACUAUUAUUAUCCCAUAAAUAUCCCCAUAUUGGAGGCACGCUGCUGAGAUCGUUUAAGUUGAAAUUGUAUUUCAUAUAUAAUAAUAAUAUUGGUGUAAUUCAUGCAAUUUAAUCUUAAUAUAGAAAAGAGUUUUGUAUUGAGAUUAAUCAAUAAAAUAAAAAUAAAAAUGGCCAGUGGCAGUGAUAAAUCUGUAACAGAUAAUACUGAAAUAAUUGAAGACCUAAGAAAACAUGCUCUAGUUCAUAUUCAUAAACAUAUGAAAAAUGAUGCAACCUAUGAGGUUUGGUUGAAAAGCAUAGAAUGGGAAGCUAAACAAACCAUUCUAACUGAUGAACACAUCAUCAUAUAUCUUAAAGAAAUUGCUGAACAAAAGAACAUAGAAAGGAAAAUGGCGUACAUAAUACACUCUUGGCCUUUCUUUAUGACAGCACUUCUUAAGGUGUGUGAUGAAAACAAGUCACUGAAUGCCAAAUUGGACACGUACAGUGACGAUUUGGGCAUUCAAAAUGGGAAAUACCAAGAUUUACUUGCUGAGCAUAAAACUCGUCAGGCUGAUCAUGAAAAAGAAAUGAAGCUUUGAUGGAUAAAUAUGCACAGGAAAUAAAUCAGCUUAAAAUGCAAUUGGAUGAGUAUGAAAAGGAGAGUCAGAAAUUAGACAGUGAGGUUGGUAGUCAUCAUUCUGUGCCAAAAAGUUGCACAAAAAUGCAAGAAAAGACUAUUUGUAAAUCCCCUCCUUAUUAUGAUUUUCCCACACCAAACCAGGUUUUCAUAAAACAGUCUGUAAGUAAAGAUGUGAGUAAUUCUAAAAAAUCACCUGUGGAACAAGAUUCCCCAUCUCAUGACAUUACCAAGCCACCUUGGCAAUCUUGGGCAGAACAGUUUGAAAAAGCUGUCUUGGCCAAACUUGAGAUGGAGAGUCCAAUUCAAGAUGAUAGGAAUGAAAACAGACAUGGUUCUGUACACUGGCAGGAUUCUGAUGCUGAUCAGAAUUGUGACAGUGAACAAGAAGCUCAGAGUGAUGGGAGUGAAAGUGAUUGCACUAUCCACUCUGAAGGCCAUGUAACUGAUAUGCCAUCUGCACUGUUGUACGGGUCUAAUUCCUCUUCAGCAGACAGAUCGCAUAGACGUUUACCCAAACACAGAAACAGAGAUCGUAAAUCAACGACGCCUGUUUAUGAAACACCAAAGGUCAUCAAAUUCCUUAGAGAGACUGUCCCACAAUUUUCUAGAGGUUCAGGAAACAUAUCUGAACAUCUGGAAAAUUAUGAUAGAGCAAUGAAUUCAUUGGGCAUGUAUGAUGACAUUCAUAAGAAAUGGUUCAUUACAUGGACCUUUGAUUCAAUGUGUCGUGUUUAUCUAGAAAGUCUUCAAGCUAUACAGUUAAUGUCCUGGUCCAAGAUGAAAUAUGAAAUAAUCAUGGAAUAUGGUAAGUAUAAAACCAUUGCCUCUGCAAAGAAGGCGCUUUAUAACUUAAAGUGCCGUCCAGAUCAAAGCCCCAGAGAAUUUUUAAUAAUUCUUAAAAAUGCAUACUCCGUGGCCCAAAGAAAACCCAGGUAUGAAAGCACAGACUUCAAAGAUCUGUAUUUUCAUGCCAUGCCAGUAAACAUACAAAUGAAUCUCGCAAGAGAUUACGAUUGUAAGUUACCAUUAGAAUGGCUAGUCAGUCAGUGCAUGAAAUUGUAUACUAUACACCAUGCACAUGAUGAAAAUCAGCCAAAGGUUAAGAAACCUGGUGAUAAAAUGGUGUCAGAGACUAAAAUUCAGUUAGGUUUAGAAACCCAACAGAAAAAGAGGACCUAUUCCGAGGUUUUGAAAACUCCAAAACCUCAGAAACAGGAAAACGCAGGAAGCAAUUCUGCAAAUUCCUCUAAUAACUCUGAAAAAUCCAAUGCCAAUGGGAAUAAACGCCCCUGGGUUAAUAAGAACCAAGGCAAUUCCCAAUGGAGAAGGAAUCCUCAGGGAAAUAGGAGAUAUGGAAACAGAAACAACCAAUCUGCUUCCAAUAACUCCCAACAGUCUCAGCCAUCCCAGCCAAGUUCUAAUGGGCAAAGACAAAACGGCAAUGGGGGAAAUAAUUUGCGUCGUCAGGUUGGUCAAUUGACAGACCAGAUGGGCAAAUUAAUGGAGGGAAUGACAAAGAUUAACGAAGUCUUUGCCAGAAAUCCUUUUUUAGGGAUAGCUCCAAUUGCAGAACUACCUGUGCAACCGCAGCAACAACAACAGGUGCCGCAGCAAUAAUAGCCACUGUGACUAAACAGGCUAGGUUAUCAGUAGAUGUAAUACCUAACCCUGUUUCCUUUCCAGGUACUAACAGUCAAACAAACAAUGGUUGUGUUAGGAAACCUAUUGCCUAUACCGUCACUUCACUUCCGGGUGAAGGAGGCGAAACGUGUUCCUCUGUGUUUUCAUUUCAGCCAAAGGCUAAAAUAGCCCCAGCAGCCACAAGUUUCCAGGAUCCAGACCUGAAAGGGUUAACUGAUGAGAUGCCGACCACUAGUUCCCGCUUGACAGUUCAAGAUAUUCCUAAAAAGGAUGGGCCUGUGGGUAAGACUGAGCAUUCCUCAGUACAGGUAGAAACUACUGCUGUGACCGGUAAUGUAUGGAAAACAAGUAAUAUGUUGACACAUUCUAAAUUCUUAUGUGAAUUAGAAGAACAUGAAGGAAGGUACUACAUGUCUGUAGAAAUACAGGAUUCGCUACCCCAGCCUUUUAAAGGGUUAAUAGAUACUGGUUCACAAGCCACUAUCUUAUCCAAUACCUACUUCCAGCAGGUAAUGGACUUAGCAACGGAUAAGCCGAAGCUAAGAGGUUUCCCCAAUGCUCUGUUGAGUGUAGGAGGAAAUGCCCUUCAUGUUAUUGGCAAUACCUGGUUAAAGUUUAAAAUAGGUAACAAAACCUUUAGACACCCGGUGAUAGUGGUAGAUCUCCCCUAUGACCGACUGAUUCUGGGUAUAGACAUACUCAGAAGACUUAACACAAUUAUUGACUGUGUGAAUGGAAUUGUAUGGUCACAAGCUAAGGUUCCCAUAACCUAUGAGAAAUCACAUGUUCAAUCUGAUCGUAACUGCCAUGUGAUAGAAGAAAGACCUGACUCAAUUGAGGUACAUUUUAGAAAUAGUCAGUCACCUGACGUGACUAUCCUGCAGGUGAAUGAUGCAAUCGCACCUGUAGAUGAGCAUUCCGUAAGAAUUGCUCCAGAGAGGAUCCAGAAUGUCUCUCUGGAAGGUGAUGUUUUAACUAUUUCUCUCCACAGGGACUAUGUUGAAUCUGUAGAUCUGGCAGGUCAUGCUCAAUUCCUUGCCAGAAUUGAAAGGGUUAAUAACAACUUAUUCUUUCCUAUGCAAAUACAUGACUUAGGAAGAAGUAGGAAUGCAAAGCUGGACUUAAAGAGUGAGAACAGCUAUAUUAGCAGAAGUCUGUUAAAGCAGAUAGCUAAUCCUAAAAUGAUCAGGUACGCUUCCCCACAUGACAGGUGGAUCCAGAACCUGGAUGGCGAAUCAGAGAGUCACAAUGUGAUAGCAAAAUGUUUACUAUCUAUUUCCAUCGGAAAUAAGACCGUUAAACAUUUAUUCCUAGUGAUAAACGAACCUCGCUAUCAGGUUUACGUGGCAAUGAUGUCAUACAUCGUUUUGCCAUACACCUUGACCUGAUUAAUUCCAAUUUGUGGACAAGGUUAAAAGGUAAUCCUUGUGGAUACCUUCACGAGGAAAACGCCUUGAAAUCAGGACAAAUACUCCCAUAUGCGGUAAGUAUCCAAGUUCCUGAUGACAUAACCAUUCCACAGGGGACAAGUAAUUUUCUUUUACCCCUACAGGUCAAGGAGGGUCAGAGAUUGGAAAACUCUGAUGCCCUAAUCUGUUUAUCCAACAGGAUACAACAAUUAGGGAUGGUGGUAACACAUACACCAAUGGUAAGUAUUGGUAAGAAUCCCACCUAUAUCAUGGUCAACAAUGUUACACCCAAUAGUGUUACUUUACCAAAAGGAACAUUACUAAGUCUAGCAUUGGAUGCUGAGUACUAUACAUUCGGUUUCCAAAACCAAAUUAUAGGCCUCAUCCCUGAAGAAUACUUAACUGAGGACGAAAUUGUCGAUCAAAUAUUCCAUUCCUCCCCAGAAGGAUUAUUCACUAUCCUAUCUGUAUAUCCCUUCAACGAUGAAGAAGGCUCGUGUAAAAUCGAAGAAGCAUCUAUCACCUUCGAUCAUCCGCUCAAUGAGCAGGAAUCACAAGAGUAUCACGACCAAAGAGAAAAGGUAAGUCAACACCGAACUGACCUAACUUCUAGGCUUGAAGAAGCUUAUGAGAUAGGCCAGCCUGAAAUCUUUCCAGGAUUUCAGGAAAGGCUAGAAGAGCAAAUAUCUUUAGCUGACGGUUGCUCCAACGAUGCUGAGCGGCAACAGCUAAAGGAAAUCCUUUUGGAAUUCCAAGAUAUUUUUGCCAAAGAUUCCUACGACUGUGGGUUAACUAACCUCCACGUAGCCAGAAUACAAACUGAUCCAAACUUACCACCUGUAUUUAUCAAACAAUAUAGACUCCCAUUAGCGUCAUAUGAUGGUCUACAAGACAUCAUUCAGAAUUUAAAGGAAAGGGGCAUUAUACGUCCAGUGCACAGUUCGUAUAAUAAUCCGAUCUUGGGGAUUCUGAAACCUAAUGGACAAUGGCGUUUAUGCGCUGACUUACGACAGCUAAAUAAACGCGUCUAUAUGUCUGGUUGGCCAACACCAUACAUAGACCAAUGUUUGGUACAAAUGCAGGGAUCCAAAAUAUUCACUGCCAUUGACUGUGCGCAGGGAUAUUGGACUGUACCAGUCCAUAAUGAAGACCAAUACAAAUUGGCCUUCACAUUUGGAAAGCAGCAGUAUACCUGGACCCGUAUGCCUUUCGGUUAUAUAAACUCUGGUCAUGAAUUCGCUGUGUUCAUGCAUAAAGCUAUGCCUGACGCACUCGAGAGAGGAACGUUAUCAUAUGUCGACGAUGUCUUGCUGAAAAGCACCUCCUUUGAUAACCAUAUCUUAGAGAUUAGACAUGUUCUCACUCAGUUAAGGGAGGCAGGGAUUAAACUGUCUUUACAAAAGGCGCAAUGGUGUCGCACCCAUGUCAAUUUCCUCGGACAUGAGGUAACUUCUGAAGGAUUAAAUCCCCAGAGGAAGAAGGUUGAAGCCGUACUAAAGGCUAAAACACCUUCAAACAUCAGGGAAUUAAGAUCGUUCCUUGGUAUGACUAACUACUCCCGUAAGUUUAUAGAUAACUAUGCAGAAAUAACAAAGCCACUCUUACACCUGCUUAAAAAGGAAACUACCUGGAACUGGGGGGAGCCUCAGGACCAAGCGGUAAGUGAACUGAGGAGGAAGCUCACUCAGGCACCCUGUUUAGCAUACCCAGAGGGGGGUAAACCUUUCUAUCUGGAGACAGGAUAUACCGAUUUAAGCAUAAGUGCUGUUCUGUAUCAGAAACAGGACAGUUUAAACAAAGUUAUUGCAUAUGCUAGCAAGACUUUAUCACCUGUUGAAGUUAAAUUCAACACGUGUGAGAAGGCGUUAUUGUCGACUGUCUGGGCACUACAAAAUUUUCGUAGCUAUAUCCAAGGUGAGAAAAUAAUUGUAGAAACAGCUCACCAACCUCUACAGUAUCUGCAGAGUGAAAGAAUUAGAGACGGUAAUCUCUCUAACAGUCGGAUUACUGCAUGGACUCUAUCCUUACAGGGAUGGCCGUUAGAAGUCCGUUAUAAACAUAAUAAGAGAAGCCCAGUUGCCCAAGGUUUAGCAGAAUUACAUGACUGUACUGCUCCAUCUCUGGAUGAUAAUGACACCGGAGAUGACUUCCUAGAAGAGCAAUUGCUAUCUCCUUAUAAAGUUUAUGACGAGGAAUACUGUCGACCACUACCGUGGGUAUACAUUGAUGGUUGUUCAUAUCACCACGUCGUUGGUGCUGAACGGAAGUUAGUUGCAGGUAUCGGAAUCGCCUGGACAGGUGAUUAUCCUAAUGUAUCUAUAGGAUACAAUAUUGGUCCCAAAAGCAGUCAGAUAGCCGAACUCUGUGCAGUAUAUAAGACCAUUCAAAUGGCAAUAGAAUAUGGUAUCAAAGAAUUUGUUAUUAUAACUGAUUCUAACUAUGUUCGCAACAGUUUCGUCGAAUAUCUGCCUAGCUGGAAACGUAACCAAAUGCUGAAAAGCAAUAACAAACCUGUUAAACAUGGGAAAUUGUUUUGUAAAAUCGAUGAGUUGGUUAAGGAAAAUGGUUUAACCAUAUAUUGGAAGAAAACCAAAGGCCAUUCUAAAAUAGAAGGUAUUGACAAGGAUGGUAAUGACUUAGCCGAUUCACUGGCAAAACAAGCUGCCAUCAAUGGUGAAACCCUAAACAUUGAUGAUCUUAUGGGUUCAAUUCAUGUUGAAGCCAUAACUAGACGACAGGCUAGAGAUAAUGCCGACUUAAACGUCGUGCAAUGGAGUCAAGAAGCUCCUAAUCAGGACCUGAUUACCAGUCAAAAGAAUGAUCCCGUCAUAGGCAUAUUCUAUAAACAUAUAGAAGACCCUACUGCCAAUCCCAUCACAGAUGAGGAUUGCAAAAAUAAUGAAGAUUUACGAAUCUUGAUGAGAUAUAAAGUCCAAUUUAGUAUCAUGGAUGGGUUACUGGUCAGAACUUCUAAACAUGGUAUACAACAAUGGGUAGUCCCAACUAUAUACAGAGGGUUAAUGCUCCAACACGCACAUGAUGCACCUACAUCUGGGCAUCGUGGUGAUAAGAUCACAUAUGAGAUAUUGCGUGAUUAUGCAUAUUGGCCACACAUGUUAAGGGAUGUUAAGACAUACUGUCAGGGAUGCUUGAUUUGUCCGCAAUAUCAACCCCAUGGUCCAACCCAUCGUGCACCACUUCAGAAGAGGGGGGUGUCAUUACCCUGGUCUGAUAUUCAAAUUGACUUUAUAGGUCCUGUAACAAGAUCUUCAAGAGGUAACAAAUACAUGUUAACCAUUACAUGUAUGUACACAAAGUGGAUAGAAUGUUUGCCUUGUAAAGAGAACACGAGUACCGUGUGCGCCACUUUGUUGAUUAACCAUGUCUUUUCCAGGUUCGGUCUGCCUCAAAGAAUUGAGUCAGACAGAGGUAGUCAUUUUACCAGCGAAGUAAUGGCUAAGAUGUGGAACAUUCUAGGUGUUAAACGAAAGCUACAUAUUGCAUACCGCGCUGCGUCUAGCGGGGGGGUAGAGCGAUAUAACCAGUCUAUCGUUAAUAUUCUGAAGAAGUAUGUUAAGGAGUCUGGUAAAGACUGGGACAUUAAAUUGCCCCUAGUUUUAAUGGCGAUUAGAGCUACACCUAGCACUGCUACCAAAUUGUCACCUUUUGAAUUGAUGACAGGAAGAAAGAUGGUUUUACCACAGCAUUUACUAUAUCGUACUUCGGAUCAUAACUUGAUCAAUGCUGCCACUACGCAUCAGUAUAUCGAAGAUUUGCGCAAGCAUUUACAGCAUGCGUUUGCUUUUGCCCAAAAGAAUCUAGAAAAAGCAGCGACAGGGGUUAAGACCUAUUACGAUCUAAAAACCACAAAAAAGGAAUAUGAGAUAACAGAUCAAGUCUAUCUGUAUAACUUUGCGCGAAAUCAAGUAAAGGAAAAGAAAUUUUUACCUUCUUGGAAAGGGCCAUAUGUCAUUAUUGACAAAAUUUCCCCAGUAGCGUACAAGAUAAAAAUUCCUAAGGAUGGUGAUUUUAUUGAAAAGUGGGUUCACAUUAACCAGUUGCGUGCUUGUCAUCCUAAAUCUCAAUUAAGGAUUAUAGGUGCGGAUUCGGACGCAGAAGGGUGAACGACUAACCUGGAUGAAUGCUUGAUUCACAUGGUAUAGUAUGAUGUGAAAUGUUGUGAUGUGCCAUGAUCUCAUGUACGUUCAUGUCAUUAACCAUUUCCUUGCCAUCCAAUAACUACAUUUUAUAAGCAGGUUACUAGCUUGUUUAAAUGCUAUAGGCAAAUUGCUGAAGAGUCAGUAAUAAAUGUAGUGAGGGAUGAAGUUAUAAAAAUAGAAUUAGACAGAAUACAUAUGUUGAUGAAUCGUAAUAAUGUGUUGACCUAGGCCAAGUGAUGUCACACUGUUAUAAGUUUGUAUGCUUAACAAACCUUGAAUCAUUAGUAGAUAAGUCUGAAACGAGUUCCUGAUCCGUGACUGUCGAAGGAUGUCCAAGAAGGAUGUGGCGUGUUUCUGGAUCGUACUGCUCCUGUGCCAAGAGCUACAGACCGACCCGAUCGCAGAGAUGGGACCAUCCUCCAGCAUCCUGAUUCAAGAGUCACCAGGGUUCAUCUUAACAGAGAAGAGGAUCCUGACCAGACGUGUGUUCGUCAGCUUGGACCCCAAGAUUUCCAUCGAGAAGGCAUACAACAUUUCAUCGAUGCAGCUUCCUGAGUUACAGACUUGGUACCAGAUGCACCUCCAAAGAGCACAGGACCGUGUGCGAAACAUCUUGGAGCAAGCCCGGAAACCAUUUGUAUCCAGUUCUAUUCCGAUGAGCAACCGACCCAAAAGGUUCCUCACCGCUAUAAUUGUUGCAUUAGUUUGUGCCACUGUCGGUGCAGUUGUCGCAACUGGAAUGUCUGCAGCCAACUCUAUUACUGUCCAAAAGCUGGAUAUGGAAAUCUAUGCGCUAAAGCAACACAUUAACGAUAUUCAUCAGGUGAUACAACAGCAAAGAACACUUCUCCAAGACGUGUUAACUAUUGUGGAGGACACAGUUGUUACAACAAAUUUGCAUUCAGAGUUAAUUGCCAAAUCCACUGAGUUGCACCAAAGUCAUGACUUAUUUAAGCGUGAACUUCUAUUUCUGCAUGACCCAAUAUUGUUCCACACACUUGCUUUUCUUGACGAAGUGCAAACUGGAAUGAUUGAAUUGGCAGGGGGACACAUACCUCUGUAUUUUGUAUCCAAGGAUAUUGUUCAUGCGAUGCUUGCCAAUGUGGAUGGAGAGACAAUUGAGCCUAUGCAAUUAAAUCUGGCCUUUGAGAUGGGGAGCGCUAUACCUCUCUUAAUUGAUCCGGAACGUAUGGAGAUUUGCUUUUUAUUGGCCAUACCAUAUGUAACUCCCAAAGACAUUUUUCAAAUGAAAAUAAUGUACUAUGUUAAUAAUGAUAUUAUGGUUGAUUGUACUAAGCGUAAAGUUCAAAACUUUUACAGGUACAAAUAUAUACAAAAAUGUUCAUUCCACGCACGGGCCUAUGUUAGAAAUGAUGUGAUUGCACAAUAUGUCUGAUAACUUCUAUAGUGCUUAUUCAUAAGCUAAAUUAAUUUUGGCUAUGAAAUGCACUAAAGGGGGGUUAUGUCAGAGUAUUUAUAUCGGCAGACAUUUUGUGCUAUGAUAGAAACUAAAAGUGUAUAUUCUGAGUCACUCUGAACAGACCAGACUCCAUUUUGUUAUUUCAAGUUAACAAAAAGACACUAUAUUUCUAUCUGUAAGCUAACCACUUUCCCAGAUCUGAGGAAUGCAUAGUAUAUACAAACAAGUGAUAAGGAAGGGGGUUGGAUAGACUGUCUAAAAUGCUAAUGGAAUAUAAUCAAAUCUAAACCCAGACAAUUGUGACAGAGAAGAUUAAAUAAUUUAAUAUUUAACUGUCUAUAUAUAUAAGGUACCAUUGUAUGGAAAAGGGUAAACUUAGUUCAUGAUCUGUCAUAUCAGAAAUUAUGGCAGGAAUUGCAGACGCUAAGUCUGGACAAAAUUUAAGAAACCCUUUGAAAUUUUAAAUUAUGGCGCUAUAAAGAUAACGCAAAAUGACGUCAAAAUAGCCACCAGGAAAAGUUAACUCUUUCCUGGAUAGGUAUGUUUAGUGGGACAAGACUGCCCUCUACAGACCAAAUAACUAAUUUGCGAUCUGGAAGAUAACCACACCUCUAGUGCUUCUAUUGGGUUAUCAACUGAUGACGUACAGAGAGUCUGGUCCUUUAAAAGUUAAGACAAAGGGAAGAUAGAGAGAUACAAGAAAUACGAAGGAGGCAGAUGCGAGAGAUGCAAAGAAAAAGAGGAGAGAGGAAUUGGAAGUUUGGGGACUCCAACCUCCAUGCAGAGAGACUACCAAUCGGAUGAAAUAUCUACUCAACUGGUAAUUAUACUGGUUUCAUUUAAUUAAAUUAAAUUAAUUAAAUUAUAUUAAUAGCAUUAUAUAUGACUGGAUAAAGCACGGUCAGAUUUCCAUAUUAAGAAAUCUUAGUUAACUAAGAAUAUAUAGUUAUAAACAUUCCAUUCUGCAGGUGGAAUUAAGAAUAAUUAUAUAUUGAUGUGAUAUUAUCACGUGUUAGCAUACCGCUGUUUUUAUCCAGGUGUAUUGAUUUGCUCUAAAUUAAGAUAGAUAUCUUUUAGACAAAUUAAAAAUCUGCUUAUAUAAUGUGGUAAAUUCUCUUAUGGAUGGUUUAAGAAAAUGAAUUUAAACUGGUUUAAAUGUUAUUUUAUUUAAAAAUUACAUAAGAAUAGAUCUUAACUACCUAGGAGAUCUAGCCAGCAUUGAAAGGGUUAUUCUAACUGUCUGCUAAACUUUACGACCUUACGCUGCACUCUGAGGAAUUCUGUUCUCUGUGUGAAAAGUUUCACUUUCAGCCUGUGUUAAAGAUACCUCAUAAAUCGUCAGAAUUCUUGACAGAUAAUGAGUUAAUAGCCAUUGAAACGUAAUCCCCAUUUCUUUUUAUUGCAUAUCGUUUUAUACUGGAUAUUCAUUGAUUAUUAUCAUGCAUGUUACAUAUUAUUAUUAUUAAUUUGUUAUUAUAAAUAAAAAUCUAUUUUUAUACAUUGUGAUAUUAUUAUAUGAAAUACAUUCCACUUAACACGAUAAACGUUCUUUGGGAUCUGAGAAUUGAAAUAGUGGGCAAUUCUCAACUGUUUACUAUUAUUAUCCCAUAAAUAUCCCCACAGGUGUGAACAUUCUAAGUAAACAUUCUAAAUGAAGUACUGGGGUGGAGUGCCCCCGAGCGGUCAAAAGGUAUAUUGCAGGAUUUUAUCGGCAAAAUUACAGAAAGAGGAAUAUGAAAGAGGGGAAACACACAUUCUAGGAGGGCACAUCCACACAUAUAAACAAGGCAAUUCACAGUUGAGGUGGCGGUCCUGCCACAUAGCCCUUCUCUAAAUUCUCUCUAAAGUAUCAAUAUCCUUCUGGAGAUACAGUCUCCAGUACUGCAGUACAAUACUCCAAGUAAGGUCUCAACAGUGUUCUGUACAAUGGCAUGAGCAUUUCCCUCUUUCUCCUGUUAAUACCUUUCCCUAUACAACCAAGCAUUCUGCUAGCAUUUCCUGCUGCUCUAUUACAUUGUCUGCCUACCUUUAACCCCUUAAGGACCAAACUUCUGGAAUAAAAGGGAAUCAUGACAUGUCACACAUGUCAUGUGUCCUUAAGGGGUUAAGUCAUCUGAAAUAAAUACCCCUAAAUCCCUUUCGUCAGAUGUUGAGGUUAGGACUCUAUCAAAUAUUCUAUACUCUACCCUUGGGUAGCUCCUGUUGAGGCGGCCGUUAGAUCCCACUGUGAGGACCUAUAGCUCCCGCUGUGACGGGCGAUAGCUUCCGUUGUGAUAGCUGCCGUUGAGGUGACCAAUAGCUCCCGCUGUGAUGGCCGAUUGCUCAUGUUGAGACGGGCGAUAGCUCCAUUUGAGACAGCCGAUAGCUCCUGCUGUGACGGCCGAUAGCUCCAGUUGAGACAGCCGAUAGCUCCCGCUGUGAGGGCCGAUAGCUCUAGUUGAGAUUGCCGAUAGCCAGUGGCGUACACACAAUCCAUGGGGCCCCGGUGCAAAACCGCUCGGUGGGCCCCCCUCCGCCCCUCUCCACUUCCUUCCCCCGAUCCGUGGGCCCCCCCGGUACAUACAUACACACAGACACAUACAUACACACACACAUACAUACACACACACAUACAUACUGUGAUGGGAUUCCAGCAUGGCCAAAAUUUAGUAGGCCGAAAUCUCCACAUGGCAUAUGCUAAUUCAUAUCUGAUUACAAACAGUUGGAUGAGUCAUCAGUGUACUGAGCAUGUGUGGAAGUGCAUAGUACAUUCCUUUGUCUGUAAAUGUCAUUUGGUCUGCCCAUAUAAGGUGAUCCUGAAUAUAGGAGGGGUUAUACUGUAUGGGAGGCGAUAUGCUGCUAACAAAAGACCUCUGAACCAUGCUUUCUGCCUCUCAGAUAUUUUUGGAACAGGAGUUCAUCUGAGACCCGAUCGGUACGUGAAUAAAAGACAUGUUACUUCCUGAAGAUUUGUGACUAUAUCUCUAUGUGUGGCUUCUGUGGUUUGUUCCUGUUAUUCCUCCGGUAACAAUACAAAGACACAGACACACAUACAGACACACACACACACAUACAUACAGAGACACACACAUACACCCUGUUCUAAAUUAUUAUGCAAAUUAUAUUUAAGUGUCACAAAGAUUAAAUAUUUUGUUUUUCAGUUUAACUCAUGGAUGGCAUUGUGUCUCAGGGCUCUUUUGAUCACUGAAAACAAUCUCGGACACCUGUGAUAAUUAGAUUGCCAGGUGAGCCCAAUUUAAGGAAAAACUACUAAAGGAGGGUGUUCCACAUUAUUAAGCAGAGCACCAUUUUCAUGCAAUAUGGGGAAGAAAAAGGAUCUCUCUGCUGCCGAAAAGAGUGAAGUGAGCAUUUAAAUGUUUAAGUAUUGCCAUUUUAUUAUGUAGCUUUUGAUUAUGUACCGGAUAUAAUGUAUAAUGUAUAUUGUGUAUAUCCUUUUAAAAUCUAACAGUAUCCUUCAAUGAAUAUGUACAAUACAUUUUAUUAUACACUUGUGUUUAUGUCUUAUUUGUCACACAUUCCUUAAAACAGUGUUUCCCAACCCAGUCCUCAAGGCACACCUACCAGUCCAGGAUUUAGGGAUU